UUUAAAUGACAUAACCUUUAUUUCUCAGAAAUUAUGUUGAAAAAAAAAAAUCUCUCUCGGCACAUCGCUUGAUAUACAUGUAAUAGUAAGCAGUAUAUAUCCAUGAGAGAUGGCAAACUAUUACGUGAAGACUGCUUUUCUGGUGAUUUUAUUUACAAAAUCAAUUACUAGCACCUCAAUAUCAGCCGGUUGUUCUUAUGAACACAUAAGCACGAAAUUUUCGGACUGUAUUUGGAAUGAAACAGCUGUAAACAGCUUCAACGAGAUCAUCGAAGGAUUCUUUCACAGUGACACAGUGGUGACCGAGGACGAUUUGUUGUCAACAUUAACAUCAACAUGUGGUGAUGAAAGUUACAUGAAGAAGUAUUCAUUUUGUGGACAAAGAAGUGUAGAAAAUUGUCCACAAUUGACGUAUGUGGUAACAGAAUACAUCAAACAAGAUGUGGUGGUGUUUUGUGAGAACGGAGAGCCAUCAGAAUGGCUUGCCACAGUGUUACAGAGUACAUAUCGUUACAACAAGCAGUGUAUUGACUAUGGAGCCGGUGAAAACCGUGUACUAGAAAUAGUGCAACAAUGUGUAGACGAGGCGGAUUUUUUAAACCAUUUUUCGGAUCUCAUAGUUAGCUAUGCGGUGUCUACGCUACAAAGCGAUAUUUCACACUGGUUUAGAUGUAUGCUAGAUAAUGCACCGUCGUUUCCGGACUACAAUGGUGACGGAAUUUUAGAUUGUGGCUCAACAUGGCAAGACGUGGUUGUAAUGCUGACACUCAGAAUAUCAGCCUUUAAUCAACUUGGGAUGACAAUUAAUCCAGAAAUAAUCGCCGAACUGAAGGAUAUCAAAAAAGGUUCAUGAAAAUAGACAACACCAAACAAAUAGAUUUUGAUAUGCUACUCAUAUUGUAUAUUGUACAUAAAAUAAUUAAAUACAAUUUUAAUGAUCAAAAUUCCUGUGGAAAAUUAUUAACCUGCCCAUUUGUUCAUACAUUAUUUGGGGUGGUCGUGGUAUUUUAGCUAUAUCAGGAAAACGUUAACGUCGUUAUCACCACAAGAAGAAAAUCAUUGCUCAUUGGCUUGAUGGAAUUCAUUAAAGUGUAUUUUUACUACAGAUUUUUAGAAAGGCAGAUUGUCUGAGUAGUGCAAACUGUAUAUUAUUCGAGCCAACCUAGUUCCAAUUAUUUUGUUCCAUUAUAAUUUUAAAUAUUUUAUAGGUGAUCUCAAAC